CAAGCAUUCUACCACUGAACUAAAUUCCCAACCGUUUCAGCUGAGCCACGUGUUUCAUCUCAAAGUCACCAUGAGCUGUAAGAGGCGCAGAUCACAGAAGAUUCCAUUCAAUGCAAAGGAAAACACAAAAAUCAAUGACUUUUUCUCUCAGGUCAUCAAAGAAGAUCAAGAAGAUUCCAGUAUUUCUCAAGUAAAAGUAGACUCUAAAAAAAUGCCAAGAGAUGUAACCAACACCCAGGACCAAAGAUCACAUUCAUCUAAGAAAGUUCAACAAGAUCAGACUUUUCCCUCAAAAAAGAGAAUUAGUUUUACCUUGGAUGUGAACCACAGGAAGAACAAAAACAUGAAACAUGAGCUCAUACAUAGUGAGACAGAUAGCUUAUAUACAGCACUCAGCACUCUUGAAGCUGUGAAAGAAGAGAUAAAAAAUCAUCAGGGCAAAGAAAUGCUGGUAUGUGGCAAAGAAGGGAUCAAAGGGUACAUAAACCUUGGCAUGCCCCUCUGCUGUUUCCCAGUAGGCAGCCAUAUGCACAUUACAUUCUCUCAAAGUAAAAGUGAGCCAAAAGAAAUCACACGAUUGUUUGAACCACAGGAGCAAGCAUCCACCUGCUACGUACUAUUUUACAUUCACGCAAUUGGGAGUAAGAGGAAAAGGAUUGUGAAGUGUGGAGAACUUCACAAAAAGGGCAACAAACUCUGUGUCUGUGGCUUCAAAGGAGAGACCAUCAAGGAUACUUUGAGGAAGGAUGGCAGGUUUCUUUUCACGGAGAGUGACCAUUGGAAACUCAUUAGUGAGCUGGACACCAUCAUAGAAAACAACCAGCCAGUUGAUGAGUUAGGUGGCAAGCUCUUUCAGGUUGAGGCUGAGCAAACAAAGAACCUGAAGGUAGUGUCUGUCACUCAGAAUUCUGAGUUAGAGAACAGAAACUUUCUUAAGGUAGAUGAGCGCAUUGUGAAUGAAUACCCCAUGUUGAAAGAACAACAAGCAACACUCACAGCAUACAUCAAGGAAGAAAGUGAAAAAACAAAGAAGAAAGCUUCCUUAUUCAAAAUACACAAAGAGAACUUUGGGAAGCUGACAAAAAACUCUACUUUUGUUAAAAUGUACAAACAUCUUUCACGGUUCAGUGACUCAGUUGGGUUUCUGUGGUGGGAUAAUAAUGGAAAUGGGGGCUGUGCCACCUGCUUUGUUUUUAAAGGACUGUACAUUUUCACUUGUCGGCAUGUGAUAACUGACAUCGUGGGGGAAGGCACAGAGCCAAGUAUGUGGGCAAGCAUAAUUAGUCAAUGUGUAAAGGUGAUCUUUGAUUACGAAGAGUUCCCACUGAGAGAAGACAAUGUUUUUAAUGUUAAACCUUGGUUUGAGAUAUCUAAUAAUGAACUUGACUAUGCUGUCCUGGAACUGGAGGAAAAUGGGCUACAAGUCCCUGCCGGACUGUAUAAUGGAAGAGGCCCUGCACCACUUAAUGGGUUGAUUUAUAUCAUUGGCCAUCCAGAUGGAGGAAGGAAAUCUAUUGAUGCUUGUACAGUGGUCCCUCAAGGUGACCGAGGAAGAAAAUGUGAGGAAAAUGUUCAAGCAAGACAGGCAGCAGGCUACCAUGUGCCCUUUAUCCACAUGUUUACCCAAAGAAGCUUCCAUGAAAUGCUUCACAACCCUCAUGUGGUUACCUAUGACACCACCUUUUUUGGUGGGUCAUCUGGAUCCCCAGUGUUUGAUUCUAAUGCUUCACUGGUGGCCAUGCACUCUGCUGGCUUCACUUGUCCGUAUCAAAGUGGCGUUUCCAAUAUUAUUGAGUUUGGUUCUACUAUGGAAUCCAUUAUUGCUGAUAUUAAACACAAUGAAGAUUGGUAUAAUAAAAUCUUUGGAAAUUGUCAGGAUGAAGAAAUGCUGAGCCCACAGUCCUAAGAGGACUUAAUCUAUUUUCCAGCUUUAAGGGAAUUGCCUAUGGAAUUGUUAUUCUAUAGACAAUAAUGUUUUAUGGACUUUCUAAAAGGAUUCAUUUCACAAAGAAGAAAAAAAAAGAACUAGAUUACUUCCUGUGCACUAGGAUUUUUUUUUUUUUACAACAACACAAAAACAUCUAAGUUGAACUAUUUUGAUGGGAAAUGUCAGUCUAUAAAUAUGUUUCUCAUACUGGUUAAUGAACAAAGCACUGUUGGCCAAUAGGAAAGGAAGAUAGGAGGGAUUAGGAGACAAGGAGGAAAGAGGAAGGAGUAAGGAGGAGUUAAGAUGGAGAGAAGGGAGAGAACAGAAUUGCCGGCCCCUGCUCUCCAGUAAGACCACAUGGAAAUAGAUAGAAAUGGGUUAAUAAUUAAGACAGAGCUAGCCGAUAAGAAACUAGCACCUGGCCAACAGAAUAAUAUCAAAUACAGAGUCUCUGUGUGUUAUUUGAGGCUGGUGUGGUGGUGGGAGGAAAAACCUUACUCCUUAUAUAUGGCACCCACGUGGCAAAUAAGAACUUAUACAUAAAAUUUAACAAAAGCUUUAAAAAGGGUUUUAGAAACAAAAGAACAGAGUCAAGUAAGGUUUCUUGGUAGCAGCAUUUUUCUCAGUUGGACUGCUUUGUGAGAGACAAGCAGAUAUUUGCGUGGCUCCUUUAAGGGAGGAUUCCUGACUCAGCAUAAGCGGCAAAAAAAUGCAAGGCUUUUAAAAAAGCACUAUUAACAAUUUAUUGGUGUGUAGGAGAGCUGGCAAUGGCAGUGACUACAUCUCCAAGCCUGCAGCAUGCGGCUGGAUGGCAGCGUAGACCAAGGCAGUGACCACAGCUCUCAGUGCUGGAGGUAAAAUAGCUGCCACCAUCUUUGAUAAACCACAGCAGAAACAUCUAUGACUUUCAGUUUUGCAGUGUUGUUUACCAGAUAAAGGACUCGUGGCCAGAAAAAGAUUUACAUUUACAGUAAAGACAGAUUCAUAUUAAGAAAACCUCUAAAGGUUUACAUUGUCUUCUAAAAUAUAUGUUAGCUUGGGAGAGAAAAGGAAUAAAAUGGUUUUAAAAAUACAGUGAGGAGUUGGGUGUUGUGGUACACACCUUUAAUCCCAGCACUCGGGAGACAGACUCAAGCAGAUCUCUGUGAUUUGCAAAGUAAACCUGGUAUGCAGAGUGAAUUCCAGGACAGAUAAAAGUUACACAGAGAAACCCUGUCUCAAAAAAUAAAAAAACAAAAAGUAAAAGAAACAGAGUAAUAAUAAAGCCCCAUAAAGAUAAAAGCUCAGAGAGAAUCUGGUUACUGUAUGGUGUUAUAUUGUCUUUGUAUCUUUUGACUACUGAGGAAAUAACAGCAACUGUUAAAGCAAAUACUGCUGGAUCAAUCCAAUUUAUAUAUUUGAAAAAUGCUUUGACUCCAAAAUUUAAGUUCAAAGACAAGUUACUGGGGAAAAGGAUUUCUAUUUUUGUUUCCACAGAAAAUGAAAAGCUGUGGAUUCCUUCCAGACUAAUGUGGUUUGAGCAAGCUAGACCCCCUGAAACAGUGUCCCAGGUGAUCCAAUGUUCAAAACAGCUUGGACAAAGCAGCCUUACAGACUACAGCCAGGACUUCUGCGUCUUCUUAGGAUCCCCAUGACAGCGCCCCCUACCAGCAGGAAGCAGUUUGGAAAGAACGACGCCCAAAUUCCCAAAUAUUGUUUAUAAAUGUUUGUUUUCAUUUAAAUGGGGUUGGUAAUAAUUGGUUAAUGAUCACAACCAAUAUCUUUUUAAAGGUAAAAAGGGGAUUAUGGUAUAGAGAUGAAUACUUUGUUUUGGAAUGGAUUUUCAUUUAUUGAUACAAUUUAAGGUCAAUUUUGUGAUAUGUAUAUUUCUCCUUUUGUUUAGAUAUUGUGUUUAUAAAGCUCAUUUAAAAAUGUAAUGAAUAAUUUAGUACAGAUUUUAGAUAGUUACCUAUAAUAGUCAAAACUUAUAGAUAGGUGAGUUAGGUUUUCUAGAUAUGCAGAGAUGUAUUUGAGAUAGAUAGGCAUUCUUCAAACCUUUCAAAGACCCACAUAAUAUUGCAUUUAAAAUGGUUUAGGGUUUUUCUUGACAGUGAGACAUAAAUGCUCCUGGCAACACCACCUGCGUCAGAAAGGAAGAUGGACAUUAAAGAAACACGUUAUGGAGUUUGCCUCCAAUAUGGCAAGACUACCAAUUUGGACAAGAUACUGCUCUUGUCUGGACUGUUUGACUUUGUGCUAUAUAAACUGGACAUGCAGGACCCAUAGGAAAGUGACUGCUGAUUCAAGAUAGACAUUGCUACAGAGUUCCUGCUUCAUGGAAGAGUCUGUCAGACAGUAUGCAAGACACAGAAAAAAGUGACUGACAAACUGCCAACACAAGAAGACAGUUUAAAGUUUCCUGCUUUGCUGAAGAGUCUGCCAGACACACUAUGGCCUAUGGGCUGAAGAUGGAAGAUUACAGAAGAACUUCAGGUGACUGACAAGGCUAGAUGUCUCUGUCAUUUCUAGAGUUUAUAUAUUAUCCUUCUGUGGUCUUUGAUGGAUUUGAAGACAGAUAGUUAUGGUUAUAGUUUUCCUUAGUUAGGCUUAAAGAUAAGUUACAGAUAGGACUUUAGACACACAAAGAUAGGAUAGAUGAUGGAAUAUGUUCUCCAAAUCUUGCUAAAUGUUAAUGGACUAAAUAUUGUUAACCCUGAUUCUUACUUGAUAAGUGUGAUAUAUUUUGCUAUGUUAAGGUUAAAGCCCUUCUUUUCAUUUAGACUGAAAAGAGGAGAUGAUGGGAGAUGCCAUUAUCUAUAUAUGUUUCUCAUACUGGUUAAUGAAUAAAGCACUGUUGGCCAAUAGGAAAGGAAGAUAGGAGGGACUAGGAGAUAAGGAGGAAAGAGCAGUAGGAAGGAGGAGUCAAGAUGGAGAGUCUGGAAAGAACAGAACCGCCGUUCCUCCGCUCUCGGUAAGACCACGUGGAAAUACAUAGAAAUGGGUUAAUACUUAAGACAGAGCUAGCUGAUAAGAAACUAGUAACUGGCCAACAGCAUAAUAUCAAAUAGUCUCUGUGUGUUAUUUGGGGCUGGCGCGGUGGCGGGACAAGACCAGGCGGUGGGCAGAAAAACCUUAAUCCUUACACUAUUUAAGUAAAGUAACAUGAAAAAGAAGAUCAAUUACAAAUCGGGUCUUGUGGGGGACUCAGAUGCAAAGAUGUGAAAAAGUUCAGAGAAUAGAAACUGCAGUUGUGGGCCAAAGAGAGUGAAGAGAAAGAAGCCUAUGGCUUUCCUGGCAAUGUGAACUGAUUUCAAUGGCACUGUUUCAUUUCCUUCUACCUGUAUCUUCCUUCUCUGCUGACCAGAACUCAGCCAGGUUACUGGUCACAGGAUUUUUCAGCCCCAAAGGACCCUAAAAUCACUUGCCUUUCUUCUGCUCUGGCUUUCUGGCAUAAGACUUGAAUCUGGAAUGAACCUGUAAGGAAUGGUGUGGAAGUCAUUGAGCAGGUGAUGGAACUGGUGUCUGCCAUACAAUGUGGGUACCUGAGCACUCCUGGACGUGAGUUAUAGAGAGCAACACUGGAAGAGAUGGUUUCUACUUCAUGGCAUUUACCAUGGAAUGGGCCAGGAGGAUACUGUGUAGCCUAGAAUGUUACUCAGCAGUGUGACACUCAAGCCUUAUUCCCUUGAAAAGAAAAGUAGUAGUCAGGAAGCAAUCUCACAACUGUCAAGAUCAAGGAGAAUGUAUGUACUGAAGGCAGCCAGAGGUCUUAGAUUAUCUGAGGGAAGGGGAAGGAGUGGGUGAGAUGGUGUGGGAAGAUUGCUAGGAGAUUGGAUUCACCAGCAAUUGAAUUGAUCUUUUACAAGUCCCCUUAUUUUCAAGAUAUCCCCUAGUGCUAUUGUGUGAUUUUGUUUCCUCUGCUCUGUGUAUCUUUCCCAAAGGCUACACAGAGGGACCAAAACUUAAAAAGUGUUGUAUCUAUAGUGAGUUAAGCAAAUUUAGAUGCAACAGGAGAGAAGGUUAUUUGUAUGGUAUACUCAUUGGUUUGUUCCAAAUACACAUUCUCAAUGUUAUAAAGUAAUAAAUAUGGUUUCCACAGC